GGCGGCAGACGCGCCGCGAUGGUGGGCCGCGACAGCCGCUCGGAGAGCGCGGCGCGCCCUUUGGCGCCGCGGCAUGAGUAGCGCGCCCGCCCGGCCCGGCCCGCGCGCCCGCCAUGGCGCAGGCCGCGCCCGCGCCCCAUCGCACCCACUCCUUCGCGAAGAAGACCUUCCACAAGCCCACGUACUGCCACCACUGCUCCGAUCUGCUGUGGGGCCUCAUCGGGCAGGGCUACGGGUGCGAAGUGUGCAACUUCAUAGUGCACGAACGAUGCGUGGGGCAGGUGGUGACGCCGUGCUGUGGGGUGGCGCCGAGCCUCAUCAAGAAUCCAGUGGCUCACUGCUGGUCGGAGCCGACACACCACAAACGCAAGUUCUGCACGGUGUGUCGAAAGCGGCUCGAUGAAUUACCAGCUUUACAUUGCAUGAUAUGCGAGUACUAUGUCCACGGCGAAUGCGUGGACUUCGCGGCAGCGGACUGCAAGGAGAACGCGACUUACUGCGCGGGCAGCGAGCCGCGACACGUGCACCACUGGCGCGAGGGCAACCUGCCCGCCAACUCCAAGUGUGCCGCGUGCAGGCGCGCCUGCUGGUCCGCAGAGUGCCUCACCGGAUACAGAUGCGAGUGGUGCGGCAGCACGUGUCACGCUGGUUGCCGUGCACUAAUCCCAGAAGAAUGCAAUUUCGGCAUGCUACAGCCGAUCUUCCUGCCGCCGUCUGCGGUCUCCAUCCCUCGCACGGAGGUGCCCAUGGAGGCGAUCAUCGGCGUGCACGUGCGGCCACCGCCCUCGCAGCGCGACUUCGGCUGCCCGCGGGAGGAGGUGGGUGGCUGGGCGCCGGCGCGGCUGGUGACGCUGGCGCGGCGGCUGCUGCCCGCCGCCUGCUCGCCACACGGCGGCGCCUCUCCCCCCUACUCCAGAGCGCGCAGUGUCAGCGAGGAGUUCAGCUCGGGCUGCGAGGGGCGGUCGGGCUCCGGCGGCGGCUCCACGGGAGCGCCCGCCGAUCAGGACCACAAGCCUGAUCACAAACAGCAUAGGGACCGGACGCCUGAUGACAGGGACGAAGAAGUAGUGAAGGUUUACGACGGCGAGGCGGCGUGGUCCCGUCGACUGUACCGGCCCGUCGUGGUGGGGCGCAACUGGAACGAACGCGAGCUGGUGUCGGCCGCCCUGCGAGCGUUCCACGUGGCUCGCGACCCUGACCUGUUCGAGCUGACAGAUGCGCUGGCUGGCGAUGAACCGCCUCUGCGCGACCCCUCGCCGCUCGCGCGGGUCACGCGCCUGCCCAACAAGAGGCCAGCGCUGUUCCUCCGAUUCAAGGAACAAGAGAAUGGGGGCGGGGAAGUACGAGUGUAUCCCGGACGAGUGGCGGGCGCGGGCGAAACAUUCGUGACGGUGGAGUGCCACGGCGACGACGCCGUCACCGACCUGAUGGCGGCCGCGCUCGAGAGGUUCGGCCUCGACCCGACCACCGCAGCCAACGACUAUCGCUGUUCCGAGAUACUGCUCGAUCGGGGUGUAUCGGAGCGGGUACUAGAGGAGGAUGAGCGACCGUGGCGAAUUGUCGUACGGUUGGCGCGCGAGUCAGUACGGCGCAUGGAGCUGGCCCGCUUCUACCUGCAGCCGCGCCGCGACCCUCACGGACCUACGCUCGCGCUGUUCGUGGCAUCACUACCGCCAGGACUAUCAGAGAGGAACUACGAGAACAUUCUAGUCGAGUUCCUCGGAACAGAGAAUAAGUUCACAUCAAUCGGACCUAUAUAUUACGAGUACGGGUCGAUGGUGAUCACCUAUGAAGAUGCCAGUAAGGCAGUGAGAGCGCUUUACGCGCUGAGAGAGGCCAAAUAUGAAGAAAAACCAUUAUUAGUGAUGUUACUACCGAGCAUCGAACCGUCGAUGGUGCCGACGGGCGUGAAGCCGCUGCUGGUGUUCGUGAACGUUAAGUCGGGCGGCUGCCAGGGGCUGGAACUGAUCUCCUCUUUCCGGAAGCUACUCAACCCCUACCAGAAUAAACUGGGUGAUGUGUGGAUAUAUUUAGGUAACGACCUGGCCCGCGUGCUGCGCUGGGGCUCGGGCUACACUGGUUGCGAGGAUCCGCUGUCAUUGCUGCGUGACGUCAUCGACGCCGAGGAGAUCCGCCUCGACCGCUGGACCGUUGUCUUCCACCCGGAGGACAAGCAGGAUGAGCCCAAGGAACUCUCCAAACAACUGCCAGCGUCUGUGACUACAGGGUCGCAGAGCGAGGACAACUCGCAGAUCCUCGUGAUGAACAACUACUUCGGCAUCGGCAUCGACGCCGACCUCUGUCUGGACUUUCACAACGCUAGAGAGGAGAACCCGAACAAGUUUAAUAGCAGAUUACGCAAUAAAGGUGUGUACGUAAAAAUGGGUCUUCGCAAGAUGGUGGGCAGAAAGAUGUGCAAGGACCUACACAAAGCCGUCAAGCUUGAAGUGGACGGGAAACCGGUCGACUUGCCUGCCGUCGAGGGCAUUAUCAUAUUGAAUAUACUCAGCUGGGGCUCCGGUGCGAACCCGUGGGGUCCCGAGAAGGACGACCAGUUCAACAAGCCGAACCAUUGGGACGGUAUGCUGGAGGUGGUGGGCGUUACGGGCGGUGGGCACAUCAAGAUAAAUCUGAAGAGCGAGAUACCUGUGCAAGUGGACGGUGAACCGUGGGUGGCGGCGCCUAGCGAGGUGGUGGUACUAAAGUCUGCGUUGAAGCACUCAAACUCCACGCAGCACCAAUAUCCACGGUACCGAGCCGCGCGCCCGCCGCCCGACCGGACGGUGCACGUGCGGUGGCCGCGCGGCGACGAUGCUGAAGAAAAGCAAGCGCGGGUCCGGGUCCGGCGGCGCCGCGGCGGGCCCGUGACGGCGCCGCGCCCCGCUCACCCGCGCGUGUCGCGCUGUGCAGGCCACCAUGCUCAAGAAGCGCGGCAAGGUGCGGCGGCGCAACACCGAGCCGGCGCUGGCGCACGCGCCGCCGCUGCCGCCGCUGCCGCCGCCGCCGCCGCCGCCGCCGCCGCCGCCGGACUCCUGAAUCUGGCUCAGCGAGCGCCUCAUCUAAGCUGCGCCGCCUCGGGCUCAAGGCGCGCGCCGCCGGCGCUCGCUCGCCGCACACGGAAGUGUAAAUAAAUUAUUAAAACGGAAAUAAUAUAUAACUUAUAAUAAAAAAUAAAUUUAUAGUCAUUAGUUGUUGUUUUAUUUUUAGUCUGAUAUGAUUUUUGAAAUGUGUAAAAAUAAUAAAUUUAUGAGAUAUGUAAAAUCAUUUUGCGUUUCAUUUGUAGCUUUAAACCCUUCUCGUGAGAGACGACGGAUCAAUAGAAUACGUUCAAAAAUAGUUAUCUGGAAUCCGUCAAGUAUAAAAAUAUUUGAAAACUGUCAAAUAAAAAAAAAAUAAUAAUAAAUAAAAAAAUAUGUCUUUCAAUAUUUGCAAUGGGUAUAGGGUUGUUAUGCGGUAUAGUGUAGUUCUUAUUAUUGAAUAAUAUAUAUAAAACAAUCGAUACCGUACACAGUAUAAUUUACUAACCAAAACUAUAAUGAUUUUGAUAAUAACUAUGGUA